AUGCGUUCGCCGCGGCUUCUGCCUCCUCUGCCCUUCCCCUUCUGUCAACUCUCUCUUUCUCCAUUACCUUGCACCUCCAACACCCGCCCACACCCACAUGCACACAUGUGCGCACGCGUGGCUUUACGACCAUCACUUUCAUUUUUUUUUUUCACCGACGCGGAAGCGGCAAAGCACAACAAAUCAACCAGCUCAUUAUCGCGUCUAGGCAUGUCUCGCGUUGCUUUCGCUGCUCUCCUCUCCCUCGCUGUGGCGCUUCUCAGCCGCCAUGUGUACCGCCGAGUCAACCGACAGCGACUGCAGGCAGGUGCCGUCGCCCUCAUCACCGGCGGCGGCUCCGGGCUGGGGAUGGAGCUGGCCAAAAUCUUCGCCGUCUCUCACUGCGAGAUUGUGCUGGUGGGCCGCAACGAGGCGGCACUGAAGGCAGCGGCUCAGGUGUGCAGGGAGGCAGGAGCACCGCGGGUCGAGUACAUCCAAGCAGACAUCAGCAAGGCGGAGGGAACCGAUCGCGUUCGCAGCGAGUACGCUCGCCUCUACAAGGGCACGGGGAGGAGUCUGGCCCCCCCUCUCAAGUACCUUGUACUCAACGCCGGUGCAGGCGCCAUUGCCCCUUUCACGACGGAGCCCGCCUUUGAGCAAAUAUGCCACGCCAUGAUGGAUAUCAACUACUUUGCGAACGUGCGAUUGCUGCAGGCCUUCCUUCCGCAGCUCACGCAGAAUCACUCGUCGAGCUCUCCCAGUCGCAUCGUUAUCAUGUCCUCUCUUGCUGGUGUGCUGCCGUCCAUCUUGCGCAGUGCGUAUACGGCGUCGAAGCACGCCAUUCAGGGCUUUAUGAACGCGCUGCGUGGUGAGACGGCGGUGCACAUCACGCUCUGCUGUCCCGGCUAUGUGGACACGGACUUCCACAGUCGCGUGUUGACAAACGACGGUAAGCUUCUGGGCGGCAAUCAGCGCCGCGGCGUCUCACCUGCGGUGUGCGCGCGUCAGUGCAUGGACGGCGUCUUGUGCGACGAUGCCGAGAUCAUCAUGACGACGGGCGGGAAGCUCGCCUAUCGCCUCCGGCCCUUCCUGACGGGAAUCAUCGAUGUGCUGGUGAAGCGCAAGAGCCUCAAGUCUCUGGAACAUCACUGA